CCAAGAUCCGAAUAAAUUGCAUCCCCGCAGAUGCUGCAGCAAUAUUUUUCUAUAAAGGGGCCAUAUACCGGCUCUGCUCAUGCCGACGUCAUGAAAAAAGUUUUCCUAACCCGCCCAUCAGUGUUGACUUUAGCAUAAGGGCUGCUCUCGAUACUGAAGAUGAGGCUCCUGUCACUUGCACUACCGGCGAUAUUCUCUCGCCUCGUAAUCGCGAGCCUGCAAGUUGUUCCGGGAGGUACCUGGACAAGUUCGAACGGCGAACACUUACAAGCCCACGGCGCGGGAGUCUAUCAGGAGAAUGGCACCUACUACAUGAUUGGCGAGGACAAGAGCGGCGGGCACUCCUUCUCCAACGUCAACUGCUACGCCUCGACCGACCUCGUGCAAUGGACGCUGGUGGGCGCACUUCUGUCCCGGACCAGCUCCGGCGAUCUCGGGCCCAAUCGCGUGGUGGAGAGGCCCAAGGUCAUCUACAAUGACAAAACCCGCAAGUAUGUGCUGUGGAUGCACAUGGACAGCAGCAACUACGGCGAGGCCAGGGUUGCCGUGGCAACGGGUGAUUCCAUAUGCGGGAGGUACCAGUAUCUCCGGAGCUUUCAGCCGUUGGGGAGGGAAAGUCGCGAUAUGGGCCUGUUCAAGGACGACGAUGGCAAAGGGUAUCUGUUGACCGAAGAUCGUGAUUACGGCCUUCGUAUCGUUGCUCUGUCGGAUGAUUUCACAUCUCCCACAACCGACGUCUUCUCUUGGAGGUUGGAGGGCGGCAACCGUGUCGAGGCACCCGCUAUGGUCAAGUUGGGCAAAACGUACUUCAUGUUUGCCUCCAUGAUGACGGGAUGGGACGCCAAUGAGAACCAGUACACGACCUCAACCAAUCUCAGAUCGGGCUGGUCGGCAUGGAAGAAGUUUGCAGACAGCGGGUCAAAGACUUACAACUCCCAAACCACAUUCAUCCUCAAAACCAGCGAGAGCACCGCCAUCUACAUGGGAGACAGGUGGGUCAAAGACAACCUGAUGGCCAGCACCUAUGUAUGGCUGCCAUUGAGCAUCAGCGGGACGAGCGUCACCAUGAAGAACUUCGUGAGCUGGGUUCCGACCUCGAACUUUGCCGCAUGGCAGCAGCCGCCGGCCGAAACCAGCUACGAGGCCGAGAGAGCAACCUACGGUGGCAAGGCGCGGGAUAUCAGCUGCUCCGAGUGUUCCAACAAGGUAGCCGCGGGAUACAUCGGGGGUCCGGACAAGGGCAGCGUCACCUUCAGCGGCAUCCGCAGCGACAUUGACGGUCUGACUACCAUCCGCAUCAAGUACCUCAACGGAGACAGCAGCCCGCGCUAUGCGAAUGUGAGAAUCAAUGGGGAUGCUGGGCAGAAAGUUGCCUUCUUGCCGGCUAAGGGGAACCCCGCGAGCAGCACGCUCCAUGCCAACCUCAGAAAGGGGUCGACGAAUUCGAUUGUGAUUGAGGGGCUUGGGUCUGGGUGGGGUCCGGAUAUCGACCGUUUGAUGGUUCCGGUGCAGUAAGGGAGUGGAUGGAGCUAGUAUCGGUCCUAGGAUAGGUGAAUAAUGCAAAUGCUCUCGAUGUGCCUCCGAGUCUGUUAGGGAGCACGUGCUAGGGGACAUGCACGUCCAUGUUCGAUUCACUCAUCUGUGCUCAAGGGAAGCGGUUGCCAAGCCUGAUUGAUGCUUUCACAGAGAAAGCCUCGGCUGGCGCCACGAAGCCGCUGCCCGCUUGAGCAUCUGAUAUCGACCCGAAGCAACCGUCUGGGGCGGGGGGGAAAGUUGAAGACGUGUGGGCCUUGGGGAGUGGAGGUUCAAGAGAAGUUGAAGAGCUUGAUGAAGUGCGAGUCCAGGCGAGGGUUCGAUCCACCAACAGAGGGGAGACAAAUGGCGGAAUUGUCACAGCACAGCACCAAGUGCUAAACGGAAGAAAAGGUUCCACAAGGGUGACGAA